AUGGCACCCAAGAAGAUCAUCCUCAUAACAGGCGCCAACUCGGGCAUUGGCUUUGACACCGCUUACGCUCUCGCUUCCGCCUCCCCAGAUAAUCACAUCAUCAUGGCCUGUCGGAGCAUGGAUAAAGGCGCCAAAGCCCUUGAAAGCAUCCAGGCCCGCGACCCCAAAGCACUUGGCACAUUCAGCCUUCUGGAACUCGACAUCACCAACGACGCGUCCCUCACGGCCGCCGUGGAAAAAGUCACAGCCGAAUUUGGCGUGUUGGACGUCCUGAUCAACAACGCCGGCAUCGUCAUCACAGCGCCCAAGGGCCGCCGUUCCGAGCUGGUGGACACUUUUAACACCAAUGCCGCGAGUCCGCUGGUCUUGACAGAGCACUUACUCCCGCUUUUGAAGAAGAGUCAGGAUCCAAGGAUCAUCAACGUGUCGUCGGAACUGGGUUCGAUAAGUGAGCGGAGUGAUGAGAGUGGUGGGUAUUAUAGGUUGCCGGCCGAGGCGUACCGCAUGUCCAAGGCUGCCAUGAACAUGGCUACCGCGUGCAUGUAUGCGAUGUACAAAGGCUGGGGAUGUAAGGUGUGGAGUUAUUGUCCGGGUUUUGUGGUGACGAAUUUGACGGGCGAAGAAGCACGGCAGAAGAGGAUUGAGAUGGGUGCAGAGAGCGCGGAGACCAGUGCAGAGGGAUUGAGAGAGAUUGUGGAGGGGAAGAGGGACGGCGAGGUGGAGCCCUCCAUCACAACAUCACAGGAAGAAGCGCGCCUGGAUGGAGAUCUGCUGCCGGGUUCGGGUGAAGUCCUGGCCUUGUUGAAAGCGUAUUUCGAGCACAUCUACGUCAUACCGUCGUUCGCGUUCCUACAUCGACGAUCUGUAAUUCAGAGGUACCUGGAAGGUCCAUUGGAGACUUGCUUAGUCCUGGCAACUUGCGCGGUCACCGCGCAGCAUCUGAGACUGCAGCCAUAUUCGCCAACAAUGGCUUCGAGGUGGGCUAAGGAGGCUGAAGAGCACCUAAUGGCCAGAAUCGACUCGCUCUCGGUUCCUCGACUUCAAGCACUUGUUCUUGUCGUCAGAUACGUGAUCAAUGUCGGACAAUUUUCCAAAGCCUUCAUGGUCUCAGCACUCGCAGCAAGGUCGGCCUCAGCUUUACGCCUCAAUCACGAGCGACCAAACCUGCAUUUCUCAGCGCAGGAGACACGCCGGCGGCUGAUGUGGUCGUGCUUCAUGCUUGAUGGUCAUUUCUCCGUUGGACUGCGAGACUACGAGAUUUGUCAUGCGGACGCCAUUUACAUCCAGCUUCCGUACUCUGAGACAGCAUUCGAAGACGGGUUUGCAGUGAAGACGGCACCGCUCCGAGCAACUUCUACAGAGUCUACAGAAUCGCUGGACUUGUACGCUGCAGCUGUACGGCUCGAACCCUUCGAAGGUGACCCUACGGGACUGCUACGCUCUAUCCGCUCCUUCGAAAGCGAAUUGCAACACGUCUACCAAAGCUUGGCCGAGUCGAACCAGAAUUCACCACUGAUGUUCUCGCAAACCGAAGAACCGCAUGCUGUUGCGAUUGUCUAUCUCCUUGCGGAGUUUUCGCAGCAAUGCACCGCCCAGACCAUUGAUUCCGACACAGCGAUCUGUGCCUAUCAGAGCUCGCGGAUCAUUCUGUUCACCGCGGGGACGAACUGUACCGCCCAAAGGAUAGACAAGACAGAUGCAAUCCAGAAGGCUCGCUUCUGCCAAUCCGUCAUGGAAAGAUACUUUGCUGGAUCUUUGAUCACAGAUCCAUUGGUCAAAGAGAUCGAUGCCCUCAUUUCCCAGUAUACUUCCGAUUGGACGGGGACUGCUCCUACACCUCACCUCCAAGCUGGAGAAGACGCUUCCGAGGACAGCGCGGCGGCGUUUGGACAUGCCACCAGAAGACAGCAGCUUGCUAUUCACAGCUUAGUGCGCCGAGCGAACUUUGUGGAUGAAGACGACCACGUCGCGGCCAGUCCAAGCAGCCUCUUCUCCAAUGUGGAAUUUCAGCUUGUGGCCAUGCCGCAAAUCCAAUCCAAUCUACAGGCCCCUUCGGCGCUACAAGUCAUACAAGACGAAAUGCCUGCUGUAGGGCUUUGGCAAGGCACGGGUGUGCCGACAAGCAAUCAGCAGCCAAGAGAUUUACAGUCUGGCCUGACUGCUCAUGACGCGCCCGUUGAAGCGAAAUGGACAGACCCCCAGAACUGCGAAGAGUGGCGGGACGAAAUGCAAUUUGUGCGCAAUCCUUGGAUGGGGUUCUCAGAAUCCCUGGAGUCGUACGGGCUCACGCUUUCUCUGGAUGAUGACUAUUUUUGA